GAAGAUAACAUCUCUAUCGGAGCAGCGCAAUUUUUAGAGAGGUUUUUGAGUCAUUGAACUUUCGCUCCGGUUUUUUUUCCCUAAAAGGUAAGACUUUAAGACAAAGGGUCAUGAGAGUCUCUGCAUUCUGACAUGCUCUUUUAAACAAAAACAAAAAAAAUUAAAUGUCUAGAAUGAAGACCCACAGAGAAAACUAGGAUAUACUAAAGAGCUAUUUUGUGAAACUCACGUAUGUUUUCAAAGAAAAUAGUGAGUGUAAGUUUUCAGUUCGAGGUUUGGCGGCUCCCCCUCUCCCCUCCCCUCCCCUCCCCUUUUCCUCCCACCCCAUUACAGACACAUAGCAACGGGAAAGAGAACAUUACAGACAACCCCCCAUUACAGACAGCCCCCCAUUACAGACACCCCACCAUUACAGACCAUAGCAACAUAGGCUACCAUUACAGACAACCCCCAUUGCAGCCUUGGCAACUUCAUGCAAAAAAAUUCUGUUCGAAAUUGAGAGAUAAAAAUAUAGCAUUUUCUAAAAAUCGAUUAUCUUUAGAAAAGAACUAUUAUCUUUUGGAGAUUUUAAAUAUUGGGCAUUGUGUCAUUAGUAUAAUGAAACCAAAGGAGAUAUGUGAGUUCCACAUUUUAGCCCCAAAGGGGCUGCGCUAACAAGCUUUGUUUUUUUUGGGACUAUAAAGUUAUGUUUUUGAAAAGUAUUUAUAUAUUAAAUAGAUGUCAUCUUGACAUUGACGAUAUAUAUGUAUAUUUCAUAAACUGUAAGCUUUUUCUAUGUUUUUAUUUUUUGUAGAAAUUAUAAAAGGAUGUAACUAUGUACAUAAGUAUAUAUUGGUAAAGAUAUAUAUAUAUAUAUAUGUAUGUAUAUUACCAAAAGUAUGAGAAGAAGAAAAACAAAACGUAUAAAGAAGAUAAAACACUCACAAUGCGUAUAUAUUAUGUAUCCACUUCUGUUAUAAAGAAGAGAUAAAAAAGAAAAAAAACAAUGUCGAGAAAACAAAUCGAAACUUGAAAUGAUGUUAAUUUUUGCAAAACUUCAAAUGAACUUUUCACUUUUUUCUCUCUAUGUGGUCUCUGGCUCUCUCACAUUGUCUUCUCUUUUAUUUAAUCAUAUUAUUCUCUUGUUUCUCUCAUUUUCAGUGAUUCCAUUACGUGGAAGUUCAAUUGGCAUUCAUCCAAAUGCUCGAUGGCAACAGAAUGGUAUCACUGUUGCUGGAAGAAAUGGAGAAGAAAAUGGAAUCAAUCAACUCUCAAACCCAUGCGGUUUGUAUGUUGAUGAAGAUCAAACAAUAUAUGUCGCU